AUGCCUUCAAACCCGUACGAAUUAAAGUUGAAUAAUCACAGUGAUAGUAAUCGAAAACUAUCUCUAAGCAUUCCACGAUCAAGGUCUUCGACUGGAAGCUCGUCAGUGAACAUUGAAUCAACUAGUGCGCAAGUUGAAUCAUCCAGCCAUGCAAUCGCAAACUCUACUCUGUUUAAAGACAAAAAGUUUCAAUGGAAUAAGUAUUGGCUAAGAUGGGGACGUUUAAGAAGAGUUUCAGAGCAAUUGCAAUCCUCAACGUUGGAACCAAACUCACCUUUAGGGACUGGUACUUGUAUUACUCAUUCUGGAAAUUUGUUGGCGGUGGGAACUUCCAACGGUUGCGUUAUAUUGAAUGAUUUAAAAAGUAAUACGUCGUAUAUGCUGGUUCCUGAAUUUUCUGGUUCCGAAAGUCCUCUGAUGCCGGUAACCUGUCUUGCUAUUGCACAUACUCAUAAAGUGCUUUGUCAAGGACACGCAGAUGGGACCUUGUUUGUAUGGGAUUUGACUCAUUCCCCUCCGAUUCAACGACAUGCCAUCCGUCAACUCAUGCAGGAAGAAUCUGUAGUAACGCAUUUAAUCUUCAAUGGAGUAUCCGAUAAUGUACUCUUAUCCGCAAAUGCUGCUGGAAAAAUGUUUGUUCAUGAAUUUUACAAUCUUUUAAUCAAUAAACACCAUUCAACCUGGGAAUACUGCUUUCCGGACGUUCAACCUACGUUUGUUGAUCGUUUGGUCGUCGAUGCUUCAAGCAUUUCCUUUGAAGAAUCAUAUCUAACGUCUGUGAAACAUACUUCAUUCCUCUUUCUCCAAACCCUUUCUUGUCUUCGCAUCAUUUCCCUUCUCCCUAAAAUAUCGUUAGUUUAUAAAGUAAGGUAUUCCGAUAAUGAGGUUACCUCUGCUUGCCACGCUGUUUCUUCCUUUAUUGUCUCAACCUCUGGGUCUAGAUCUAGGACCAGAGCUUUCUUUUGCGUUGGAUACAAUACUCAUAUACGCGUAUAUGCGUUAACCUUUUACCAGGGUGUGUUAUCGGCAGAACUAUUAAACAAAGCGAAUUUUGACUCUCCCGUAUGGAAGAUAUGGUAUCUCCCUAAUAGUAACAUUAUUUUUGUUUUGCUAAAUGAUAAAAGAAUACUGUUUUUAAAUGGCAUCAACCUAGUUGUCAUGGGUGUAUCUUCAUUGUCCGAAUAUAAACUCCUCACUUGGGAUUGGUAUCAAUCAGCGUUAACGAUGCAAGGAAUUCCUCAUAUUGUCUUUCCAUAUAUUAGUUCAAGCUUUACUAUAUCUCCGAGGUACUUAUUUUUUCUUACUCCUGAAUCGGUCAUUGUGGGUACAUUCAUUUCACCGAAUGAUCAACUACAGGUUGCAUCUGAGAAAAACAAUGUAAAGGAUACGCUUAAAUUAGGACUUUAUUAUCAUGCGAACUCGAGUUUAUUUAGCAAAUUUUACUACCCGCCUGAUUUACGCCAUAAGUUAAUGAGUUUGCUGAAGAAUUAUAUCUGCUUAUUAAUAAAGAGCUUUCCUUCAUUUCUGUCUGUGGAAUCAUCUAGCGUUGACCUUCUUUCUCCACAAGAUGCGUUAGAACAAUUGCUGCAGCGAGCUGAAUUCAAUAAUCCGGGCUGUUACAAUCUCGUGCUUUAUUGUUUAAAAGUCGCCCACCUUCUUAAAGAUUUGGAUUCUUUAUUAGAUUAUAUUCUACCUCGCUUUGCCGAAGCAGAUGUUUCUUACGUUGUUAUGGAAGCAUUACUGGAUUUAGUACUCCAGCAGAGUUUCAAAACACCUUCUCCUGAAUUACAAAAAUUAUUGCUUCUAUAUUUGGAAAAUAAUGGAAGGCUAGCUUUUGCUGAUAGAUUGAUACCUGCAAUUGAACAUCGAUAUUUGGAUCUCGAUUUUUCAACCAAAUUUUCUUCUUCUAAAGGACUAUUUAAUUCCCUGUGUUACGUUUCGAUUUAUGCAUUCAAUGAUUACUCCAUGCCUCUUGUUAAUUUUCUUAAUUUAUUAGUUGAAGAUUUUAAAAAUCCAUCUGAAUGGAUUGAAUAUUGUGUGAAUAAUGGCUUUCAAUAUUUAUUAUAUUCCCUCACUGGAUUCAAGUACCCCCUAUGCGAACCCAAUGGAAUAAAUGAAGCGUACACUGUCACACAUACCCUUUUAAAAAUAAUUUUCUCCCCCAACAUAUUACCUUUCAAAUUAUCGGUUCCCGAAUCAGGUUCUUUUCCUUAUCUUCGCCUCUUUGUUAAGAAAAGGGCAAGGUCAUUUUUUGAGUGCAUGGAAAAUGCUUUUGACUCUCCUUAUUUCUCUUUAGACAAGGUAAACAUUGCUAAACAGUCCGUUGAUACUGUAACUCGUCAAUGGGUAAUUGAGUGUCUAUCACAAAUAUUUGAUACUGCCAAUUUUCAAUGUGAUAGCUAUUACAUUUUUCUCGCGAAUACAGUUGCUAAGUACUCCAAACAAAUUUUACUUCCACAGUCAUUUUACCUCAGAAUUAUGGAAGGUCUAUGUAGCAUUGAAAGCUAUCAUAAAGAUAGCCGGGACACUCAGAAAGCUGUCGAAAACUUGCUUUUAGUUUAUGAUCCUCCGAACAUUGAAAAUCUGCUAGACUGUUUCUGGAAUAACCACUUUUACCAUGCUAUUAUGACUGUGAGUUAUAGCCAUAGCUUUUUUGACUCUUAUUUCAGAGCAGUUUUAGCCUUGUGGGAUCAAAAAAAAUUUUCUCUAUUGAUCUUCAAGUCCUCUGAAGCUUUGAUCACGAUGCUGUUUGAUAACCUAAGAAUUUUAAAAUCCAUGCCUGUUCGUUAUAACAAAUAUGUCAAAUGUUUAACAUUUUUCACCACGGAUCUACUAAAUAUCGACAAUGUUACGUUUUUAAGAUUGGCUUCAAGUCGGUUAGACAAAUCACUUCCUGAAAUGAUUGAGAAUAUCUCCGCUAAGACUGUCACCAUACAAGCAUUGGAGAUUUUAUAUAAGCUAUCCACGUAUGAAAAUUUGCUCCAGUGGUUUGGCCAUCGUCGUUUGCUAUCUUUUUUCGAAAUAGUUUCUGCUACUUCUGGGGAUUAUGCUGUACUAACAUUAUUACAAAGUUCGCCAGAUUUUAAAAAUUUGGAUGGACUGAUAAAUGUUUUUUUACAUUAUAAUUGCUUAGAGGCAAGUAUUUACGUUUAUCGAGAACUAAAGCAGUAUAAUCAUGCUUUAUCUCAAGUUCUGAAAUAUGUUCAAACAAGGGUUUUCCAUGAAUCAAUUAAUGAGUUGAAGAAGGUUGUACCAAAAAAUAUGGAACGCGAAACUUAUUAUCUUCAGAUCGUCGUGCCACUAUAUCAAGCGUGCUUAAGUUGUCUUCCACCGGAAGAAGCAGCUAAUCUGUGGUUACAGCUUGUGUUCAGCUUGAUAAAUGUUUAUGCAAAUUUAUCUCGUACUUCUUCACAAAAUGGUUCAAAUGUCUUACUGUCAUUUGAAGAAAAAGUUUUGAACUGCAUUGAGGGUUUAUUAAAUACUUUUCUUGAGUUGGUACAGCCGAACAAGAGCUUGUUAAAUUCUGUGCUUAUAAAAAUUUGCGCAAAGUCAUCUGAAAGUCGCGAAUGCAACACGUAUAUGCGGGAUCUAUUGCUUAAAUUUAUGACUGAUGUUCACGUAAGCUGCGAUUUAUAUCGAGAGUGCUCUUUACUUUGGGACAGGAAGCAGUUUUAUGAUACGAAGAGCUCUUUAAGUAAAUGUACAAUGGGAGUGCUAAUAGAUGAACCAGACAAAACCAAAGACAUGGCUUCAAAGAAACAGAGGAUAAAGGUUCUACUUUCUGGGCAAAUUCUUCCAUGUAGUAAUGAAUAA